CUGGGGAAGGUUUGGGGUUAGAGGUUGGCUGCACACAAAGGAGCGAGUGGCUGGGAGACGGUUCGGCGCCGGGAGCCAAUCGCUGCCGCGGCCCCGCGAUAAAAAGGGCUGCGAGGCGGCGGUGGGAGCGCGCAGGAAGCGGCUCCCGCUCCCACAGCCCCGGCCCCUGCGGCGGGAGAGGGGCGGCCAGAGCCCCCCGGCACCGGCACGGACCCCCCCGACCCCCCUGAGCCCCCCGCUUGGCAUCCCCCAGGCGUACGGUGUUGCAAAAAGGCUGUCUUACCCAGGGAACAUCGACCCACAGACUUCAAGCUCAGGACUAAUCAGACGGAGGAGGGGAAGGAACCAUGUUCCAGGCCACGGGAGCCGCCAGCCCACCCCCAACCCAUGAGGCAAAGAGCAGCUCAGGAGGCAGCACAGUGCAGCGCUCCAAGUCGUUCAGCCUGAAGGCUCAGGUGAAGGAGAUGUGCACUGCCUGCCAGAAAACCGUGUACCCCAUGGAGCGGCUGGUGGCCGACAAGUUCGUCUUCCACAACUCCUGCUUCUGCUGCAAGCACUGCCACACCAAGCUCAGCCUGGGCAGCUACGCCGCCCUCCACGGGGAGUUCUACUGCAAGCCCCACUUCCAGCAGCUCUUCAAGAGUAAAGGCAACUACGACGAGGGCUUCGGGCGCAAGCAGCACAAGGAGCUGUGGGUGCACAAGGAGGUGGAGAGCGGCACCAAGUCGGCGUGAGCGGGGCCAGCUCACCCACCCCCCGCAGCCCAGCAGGGCUGAGCCAGCACUGACUGAGCUGAUGUAAAGCAGGACCUGCGGGAGAGCAGGGCAGGGCAGGGCAGGGCAAGGCAAGGGGAAAGCCCACCCCACUUUGAGGGUGCUCAGAGGGGUCCUGCGGGUCACAAGGACAGGGCAGAAGUGACGGGGUGCAGCCCCCAGACCUGAAGCUCUCUCUCCUCAGGCCCCUCUCCCCCAUGAGAUCAGACCAGAAGCACUUGCCAACCCCUCCCCACCCCCCUGGGACCCCCAACCCUGUUCAUACAUUUUAGGCUUGUCACCGUGGAGAAGAUGAUCUGGGGGCUUAACCAGCUUGUGAGUCCCAGCAGAGCUCCUGCCACCCCCAUCCUGCCUUGCUGGGGCUCUGGACAACGAGGGUCCUUGGUUUACAUCAGCUCAGUUCAGCUGGGGUGGCUCAGCCCCCAGGACGCUGCCCUGCGACUGUGUAACAGUGUCUGUCUUUUUUAUAUUUGCCUUCCACUGGUACGUUCUGCAGGAGCCUCACGGCGGCUCCGCCUCACACUGCGCCAGGCGCUCUUUUAUUUUUGUAAUACAAGGUUUCCGAGCCUU